UUUUCUCCAUUAGGUUUCAAUUCUAAGGAUUACAGUAACAGCGAUCAUCAAGUAUGAUCGAAAAACAGCGUAAAGUAGGCACGAAGCGAUGGAAUAAAAACAAAAAGAAAAAUUGGAGGAACAAAAUCGAUUUGACUGAUUUAGAGGACAAUCUUGAUAAGCAACGUUUGGAAUUGAGAACUGGUGGUCUGGUUAAAGAUAAACUUGAUCAUGAAUUGUAUGUUGUUGAAAAGAAAGCUGGUAAUGUUAACGAAUUGCCCAAACAGAAACCUAAGUACAAACGUUUGAGAGUGGACCAGAUAUUGGUUCCAAAUCCAAAAGAUAUUAAACCAACAAGUAAGAGAAAUUGUGCCAAGUUCAAAAGGAGAGAGGCUCGUCAAACUUUGAUCGCUAAACUUGGCAAGAAAAAGACCCCAGUUCGUGGCAGAAGUAAGCAUGUAAAUUUAAGUUUAGACAUUUGGAAUCAAGAAUCAAAAGAAAUUGCUGAAAAAGUUUUCAGAAAAAAUGAAAUUAUGCGACAUACUGAAGGUGUGGUGGGAAAAGCACAGAUUCAAAGGCCUUUACAUCUAGAUAACAAGUUUGGUGUAAAACAAGCAGUUAAGGCUGUGGAACCAGCUCACCCUGGUGCAUCAUACAAUCCCACAUUUGAAGAUCAUCAGGACCUCAUGCUACAAGAGCAUAAUCGUGAGAGUCACAAGAUUGCAGUCAAUGAAAAAAUUGAAAGAGCAAUUGCUACGAACCCGUUAGAAAUUGCGACUGAUGAAUCGCAGCAGAAAGAAUGGAUGGAAGGACUCUUUGAUGGAGGUGAGGAGGAAAGUGAUUUGGAGGAAGAUGAUGAUGAAGGUAUUCGUGUUAAUCCUCCCGUCAGCACCGAAGAUCGAAAAACAAGGAAAGUACGUAAGAGGGAAGCAAGAGAAAAAGAUGAAUUAAAGAAGAAGAAAAUUGAGUGGGAAAACAAACUAAAAGAACAUGAAAUUUUUCGCACAAAGACAUUUUUAUCAGAAAUCAAACAAAAAGAAAAGAAAAUGGAACUCAGAAAAGCAAAACGGCAGCUCAGAGACAGAAUGCCGGUUUUGUCCGCAGUGAAAUAUGUUGAACCUGACCAAGAUGUUCAACUCAGCUCAGAUAUGAGGGGAAGUCUUCGUCAGUUGAAACCAGAAGGGAAUCUUAUCUUUGAUCGAUACAAAAGUUUGCAAAAGCGGUGCAUAAUUGAAACCCGUGAAAAGUUUAAACCUCCACGACGAAAGUAUAAAAUCAAAUUCCAAGAGAAGAGAUCCUUUAGAGAAAUUGAACUAUAAAACUUUUGUGUUUAACCAUUUGCAUAUAGAAUGUGAAGUAAACAAUGAUGAUAUGUGAAUUUUAUUUUAAUGAAAAUUUCCCACCCACAUAAAGCUGCCUUUUGUAAUGGUAAAAUUUUUGUUUGAAUGUGGUUGUUCCAGUGCAUUUAACAAUAAGAAUAUGACAUGGUCUUCAUGUUUUAUAAAUUUCCCAAGUUUUAAAUGUAUUUCAUCUCCCCAACUUACUUUCAAUUUCAG